AGUGGCUAAGUGAGUAAAGGACUGAGCAGACAGAUGAGUGAUGUGCAGCGGAGCAGACCCGUGUUAGUAUCAGACUUUCUUCUGGUGUAAUCGUGGGUAAGAUGAGGAGAAGUUGGUGAGGAGGAGGAGGAGGAGGAAGAGGCGAAGGUGAUGAAGACCACAGCCCGGUGAGAGUGAUCAGAGAGCGGAUUGAUUGAAGAUGAUUCUCGGUGAGCGGAGCUGAGCAGCAGCGGAGAUGUACGAGGAGAGCCGCAGAGGUAAUGGUCGUAACGGCUACUCCAUGGCAGUGGAUGGAGAAGAGGGAGGCGGAGAGGGGGAGGAAGAGGGGGAGGGGGGAGAGGGGGAUGGAGGAGGAGGAGGAGGAGGAGGAGGAGGAGGAGGAGGAGGAGAAAGAGGAGGCGAGGAGAAGGACGCAGAGUGGGACGAGGAAUUGGACGGAGAAAAUGAGGGAGGCGUGAGGAUGACAAGGACGGACACGCUUCACUCGACCACAAGUUCAACGGGAACGCAAAGGAAACGAGGGCAGCACGCAAAGAAACAGGUACAGGGCAGCAAUCAGGUGCAGCGAGCUCCUCGCGCUUUGUUCUGUCUGAAGCUCAACAACCCAAUCAGACGAGCUGCGCUGUCCAUCGUGGAGUGGAAACCCUUCGAUAUCUUCAUCCUGUUAGCCAUCUUUGCCAACUGUGUUGCUCUGGGAGUCUCCAAACCCUUUCCAGAGGAUGACUCCAACUCCACCAACCACGACCUGGAACAAGUGGAGUACGUCUUCCUCAUCAUCUUCACCGUGGAGACCUUCCUGAAGAUCCUGGCAUACGGACUGGUCAUGCACCCGAGCUCCUACAUUCGCAACGGCUGGAACCUGCUGGACUUCGUCAUCGUCAUUGUCGGGUUGUUCAGCGUCGUCUUGGAGACGAUGACGCACAAGUCGACCGGCGAGCAGGCGACCACGCAUCACAUGCCGGGAAAGCCUGGAGGUCUGGACGUCAAAGCUCUGAGAGCCUUCAGGGUGCUCAGGCCCCUCCGGCUGGUAUCCGGAGUCCCCAGUCUGCAGAUCGUCUUGAACUCCAUCAUGAAAGCGAUGGUUCCUCUGCUGCACAUCGCUCUGCUCGUCCUCUUCGUCAUCAUCAUCUACGCCAUCAUUGGACUCGAGCUCUUCAUUGGACGCAUGCACAGGACCUGCUACUACACGGGGACGGAUAACUACGUGGAAGACGAUCCGGUGCCGUGUGCCUUCGCCGGUCACGGCCGUCAGUGCAGCAUUAACGGCUCCGAGUGUCGGGGGAGGUGGGACGGCCCCAACGGAGGGAUCACCAACUUCGACAACUUCUUCUUCGCCAUGCUGACCGUGUUCCAGUGCAUCACCAUGGAGGGCUGGACUGACGUGCUGUACUGGAUGAACGACGCCAUCGGCUUCGAGCUGCCCUGGGUUUACUUCGUCAGCCUCGUCAUCUUCGGCUCGUUCUUCGUUCUCAACCUGGUUCUGGGGGUCCUCAGCGGAGAGUUCAGUAAGGAGAGGGAGAAGGCGAAGGCCCGCGGAGACUUCCAGAAGCUGCGGGAGAAGCAGCAGAUGGAGGAGGACCUGUGCGGCUACAUGGACUGGAUCACCCAGGCCGAGGACAUGGACGAGCUGGAUGAGGACGGUAACCCACGGCCAUCUCUGGGUGAUCUGUCGGAUAAAAAGAGAGGGAAGUUCGGCUGGUUCAGUCACUCCAACGAAACUCACGCGAGUCUACCUGCCAGUGAAACGGCUUCUGAAAACACCGAAAACAUCGAUGAAGAGCACACCAACUGCUGCCAGGCCUGCUGCGCUCGUAUGAUGAAGAUCGGCUGCUGUCGGACGUUACGGCGGUGGAACCGAGUCUGUCGCAGGAACUGUCGCACCGCUGUCAAAUCCGUCACCUUCUACUGGGUGGUUCUCCUGCUCGUCUUCCUCAACACCGCCCUCAGUGCUUCUGAGCACUACGACCAACCUGUUUGGCUCACCGAGGUCCAGGAUAUUGCCAACAAGGUGCUGCUGUCUCUCUUCACGGUGGAGAUGCUGCUGAAGAUGUACAGUUUGGGUCUGGCUCACUACUUCGUGGCGUUCUUUAACCGCUUCGACUGCUUCGUGGUGUGCAGCGGCAUCAUGGAGACCAUCCUGGUGGAGCUGGACAUCAUGCCUCCCCUCGGGAUCUCUGUGCUGCGCUGCGUUCGCCUGCUGCGUAUCUUCAAGGUCACCCGCCAUUGGACGGCUCUGUCCAACCUCGUGGCGUCGCUGCUGAACUCCAUGAAGUCCAUUGCCUCGCUGCUGCUGCUCCUCUUCCUCUUCCUCAUCAUCUUCGCCCUGCUCGGCAUGCAACUCUUCGGAGGGAAGUUCAACUUUGACGAAACUCAGACCAAGCGCAGCACGUUCGACGCCUUCCCGCAGGCACUGCUCACCUGCUUCCAGAUCCUGACCGGAGAGGACUGGAACGUGGUCAUGUAUGACGGCAUCAUGGCGUACGGCGGCCCCGUGUUCCCGGGCAUGAUCGUCUGUAUUUACUUCGUCAUCCUCUUCAUCUGUGGUAACUAUAUCCUGCUGAACGUGUUCUUGGCCAUCGCUGUGGACAACUUGGCCGGAGGAGACGGAGAUGACAAGAGCAAAGAUAAGAAGACGGAGGAAGCCGGGGAGGCGGAGGAGGGGGUGGAGGCUGAGGAAGGACAGGUGAAGGUUGACAUAGACGAAGACACCGAGUACGAGGAGGAAGAGGAGCUUCCUGAAGGAGAGGACGGUGAGGGGCGAGUCCAGUUAAAGAUGGCCGACCUGGCUCCUCCCAAAGAGAAAGUUCUGCCCAUACCAGAGGGCAGCGCCUUCUUCUGCCUCAGCAAGACCAACCCGAUCCGUGUAGCCUGUCACACACUGAUCCACCACCACAUCUUCACCAACCUCAUCCUGGUCUUCAUCAUCCUCAGCAGCUGCUCGCUGGCCGCCGAGGAUCCAAUCAGAGCGCACUCUUUCAGGAACAACAUUCUGGGUUAUGCAGACUACGCCUUCACUUCCAUCUUCACCGUGGAGAUUCUAUUAAAGAUGACGGUCCAUGGAGCGUUCCUCCAUCAGGGCUCCUUCUGCAGAAACUGGUUCAACCUGCUGGACCUGCUGGUCGUCAGCGUCUCGCUCGUCUCCUUCUUCCUCCACUCGAGUGCCAUCUCAGUGGUGAAGAUCCUCCGAGUGCUCAGGGUGCUCCGACCCCUCAGGGCCAUCAACAGAGCCAAAGGACUCAAGCAUGUGGUCCAGUGUGUGUUUGUGGCCAUCAGGACCAUCGGGAACAUCAUGAUCGUCACCACGCUGCUGCAGUUCAUGUUCGCCUGCAUCGGAGUGCAGCUUUUCAAGGGUAAAUUUUAUCGCUGUACGGACGAAGCCAAGCACACUCCUGAGCAGUGCAAAGGGACGUUUGUGGUGUAUAAAGAUGGAGACGUGAGCCACCCGAUGGUGCGGGAGAGGAUCUGGCACAACAGCGACUUUAACUUCGACAACGUGCUGAUGGGGAUGAUGGCGCUCUUCACCGUGUCCACCUUCGAGGGGUGGCCCGCGCUGCUGUACAAAGCCAUUGACGCCAACGGAGAGAACUCUGGCCCCAUCUACAACUACCGGGUGGAGAUCUCCAUCUUCUUCAUCGUCUACAUCAUCAUCAUCGCCUUCUUCAUGAUGAACAUCUUCGUGGGUUUUGUCAUCAUCACUUUCAGGGAGCAGGGAGAGCAGGAGUACAAGAACUGUGAGCUCGACAAGAACCAGCGUCAAUGUGUGGAAUACGCCCUGAAGGCUCAACCCCUCAAACUUUACAUCCCCAAGAACCCGGUUCAGUACAAGUUCUGGUCCAUCAUCAACUCCACCGGCUUCGAGUACGUCAUGUUCGUCCUGAUCCUGCUCAACACCGUCACGCUGGCAGUGCAGCACUACGAACAAUCCAAAACCUUCAGCUACAUCAUGGACAUCCUCAACAUGGUCUUCACCGGACUCUUCACCGUGGAGAUGCUGCUCAAGCUGCUCGCUCUCAGGCUCAGGCAUUACUUUGUGGACGCCUGGAACUCCUUCGAUGCCCUGAUCGUGGUCGGUAGCGUGGUCGACAUCGUGGUCACCGAGUUCAGCAGUGGAGAGGACAGCUCCCGAGUGUCCAUCACGUUCUUCCGUCUGUUUCGAGUGAUGCGUUUGGUCAAACUGCUGAGCAAAGGGGAGGGGAUUCGCACUCUGCUGUGGACCUUCAUCAAAUCGCUGCAGGCUUUGCCCUACGUCGCUUUGCUCAUCGCCAUGAUCUUUUUCAUCUACGCUGUCAUCGGCAUGCAGACGUUUGGGAAGAUUGCGAUGCAGGAUUACACUCAGAUUAACAGAAACAACAACUUCCAGACGUUCCCUCAGGCGGUUCUUCUCCUCUUCAGAUGUGCUACGGGAGAGGCGUGGCAGGAGAUCAUGCUGGCCAGUCUCCCAGGGAAGCGUUGCGACCCGGAGUCCGACUACGAACCAGGAGAGGAGUUCAGCUGCGGCAGCAACUUUGCCAUCGUUUACUUCAUCAGCUUCUUCAUGCUCUGCGCUUUCCUGAUUAUUAACCUGUUUGUCGCCGUCAUCAUGGACAACUUCGACUACCUGACCCGUGACUGGUCGAUUCUGGGGCCGCACCACUUGGACGAGUUCAAGAGGAUCUGGUCCGAAUAUGAUCCGGAGGCAAAAGGUCGGAUCAAACACCUGGACGUGGUGGCUCUGCUCCGGCGGAUUCAGCCUCCUCUGGGCUUCGGGAAGCUCUGUCCUCACAGAGUGGCCUGCAAGCGUCUGGUGGCCAUGAACAUGCCUCUGAACGCUGAUGGAAUGGUGACCUUCAACGCCACGCUGUUCGCUCUGGUUCGCACUGCACUCAAGAUCAAGACUGAAGGUAACCCAGAGCAGGAGAACGAGGAGCUUAGGGGGAUCAUCAAGAAGAUCUGGAAGAGGAUGAAGCCGAAGCUGCUGGAUGAAGUGAUCCCACCACACGAAGAGGAGGAGGUGACCGUGGGGAAGUUCUACGCCACCUUCCUUAUCCAGGACUACUUCAGGAAGUUCAGGAAGCGGAAAGAGAAAGGAACGCUGCCCGGAGAAUCCGACAACACCAACCCAUCCGCGGUGCAGCUUUGUAAAGCCGGUUUGAAGACGCUGCAGGAUCUGGGACCGGAGAUGCGUCUGGCUCUGAACGAGGACCUGGAGGAGGAGGAGGAGGCCAUGAUGGAGGAGGAAGAGAUGGAAGACAAUGCUGCUUAUACGGCGGAAAAUGGAUACGGGCCUGAAAGAGACCGACGUGGAUCUUUACUGACUCCAACUGGUCCGGGUGGCGUUGUGGGUGACGGCGGCGUCUCCAACGGUGGACUGAUGCACCGGGUCGGAUCUCUCACCAAAAUGGCCAACGGCAGCGAACACGACGAGCAUCCUCGCCGCGGCGACAACGUGAGGUCGUCGUUCAAUCGCCAUCAUCACCGACACCCACCUGGGAAGAACGGGCUGCUUGACCACGCCCACAAGAGGCCGUCAUACCACAAGUAUGGGAGGAGGGACUCCAGGGACAGAUCGUGGAGGAAUGGAGACAUGGAGGCUUAUGGAGAACAGGGAUACUACAGCAGAGAGGAGGACAACGAGAGCAUCACCUCCAGAGACAGACAUUACCCAGACGACCCUCCGCUGUACAGAGACCACUACGAUGGCCACGCUGCCUACGCAAAUAGUAGCUAUGGCAACGGCUACAACGAGGGUCGGAGGACGACCCGACGACGCCUGCUGCCCGCCACGCCAACAGGUCGCAAGCCGUCCUUCAACAUCCAGUGUUUAAGGAGACAGGGCAGCAGCGAUGACCUGCCGAUACCCGGGACCUACCACCCCACUUCUCCACCGCGCCGCACACGCACACAGCAAACCUUCAGCAGCUAUGACUCCCAUCUCUCCUCGGGCCGCUCCUCGGCCGCCUCCUCGGCCUCCUGGGCGAACCCCUGUCCUCGCCGCGGACGCCUCCUCUACGCUCCUCUCAUCCUGGUGGAAGAGGAGGGCAGCCCACCCUGGGGAGGGGGAGGAGUGGCAGGACAUGGUGUCGAGGGGAAGAAGGGCGGCGUCGGACGAGGUGUCAGUGUUAUGGGGGCGGCGCCCCGGCCAGCGUGGUACGGUGGACCAGCAGGGACACCAGCUCCGCCCCCGUACCGGGCGUACACCACCCUCAGGGUCCCGUCUCAGCUCGGCGCUCAGUUUACAGAGAAACGAGGAUCAGCCGACAGCCUGGUGGAGGCGGUUCUGAUCUCCGAGGGUCUCGGUCUUUACGCUCGGGACCCAAAGUUUGUGGCGUUCGCCAAACGUGAGAUCGCAGACGCGUGCCACAUGACGGUGGACGAGAUGGAGUCAGCCGCCAGCGACCUGCUGGGCUCCGGGAGCCACGGUCUCCUCGGCAACAGCUCUGUGGCGGCGGACCCCGGCGCGCUCUACAGCGACGAGGAGCCCAUCAGGACGGGCCACGACGAGGACGAGCUGGCCGACGAGAUGACCUGCGUGACGUCGUUCUGA